CUGUCAUACAUUCAACGGCUAACAAAGACGGGACAACAAGGGGGGAGAUGGGAGCUCACACAACAACCAUGUCAGAGACUAUAUCCAGAAUAAACUGACCGCAUCUCUUUUAUUUAUUGUGUUAUAACAGUAAAGUUUAGCUAUAUCCCGGGUCGAUUUUAACCUCACCCUUUCUCUCUCUUGGAGAAGCCAACUACAACAUGUUAGACUGUCAACAUUAAAGCCGCCGAAUGACUGAGGAGACACAACCAGAAAUGUCUGAAUACAAUUGGUGGUGAUGACGCGCUAUCACUGACCUUUGUCCUCACAGCCUGACCCCUGAUAGGUCAGGGCUUACAGAAUAAAACACACAGUAAGAGAAGUCCAUCUCCAGCUGCCAUGUCUGUCCAGGACGCAUCCCAAACGUCAACGCUGCCUUCAUCCCUCAAAUCUGAGGCCAAACCAAAACCAGAGCUCCUGCCAAAACCUGCGACACAGGCCAGCUCCCCUCCUCUGGGAGACAGAGGCAGCUGCACGGGUGUGUCUGGUGGGAAAGUCAAAAGGAUUGUACAUAAGUUCAGCAAACAUGAGCCUGUUUCAGAACAACAGCCCACCAAUGGGACCUCAGAACCUAAACCAAUUAGGACGGUCAGAAGACCUCCGUCAACAAAGCCCAAGCCAGGCCGCCCAAGUCUGCAACAUCAAGUUAAGGAAGAGCAGGCUCCUCCGCUGCCUAUGAAGAGGAGUCGCUUCCUGAAGAAACAAAUAGAGAGCGAGGAAGGAGACGAGGGGGACGGCGUCACCAUGGAAGGCAGCCGAUCAGAGCCUGAUGGAAAGGAAGGGGAGGUCCAACUGAUUGGAGGAGGUGAAGAGGAGACAGAGCACAGUUCAGACGAGUCGCUAAGUCCCUGCUGUGAGCCAAACUGCAGCUGUGUGUGCCACCUCCAGCGGCCUGGCAUGAGACUGAUGUGGGUACCAGACGGGGAGUACGAGGAGGACGGGGAAGUCGGGGAGGAUGGGGAGGACAUGGAGGACGGGGAAUUGUAUGAGGAGGUGGAGCUAGGAGGGGAAGAAUACAGUCAAGUAGGAGAUGAGGAUAGGUUAUCUGAGGUUGAUGAGAGGGAGGUGUUGACCCAAGACAAGCAAAAGUUCAACCACACUUUGGAUGUUUUGAUUGCUGAGGGUUUCAGGAGGCGGUCGGACCCUGGGCCUCACAAUGUCCUCAGCUCACUCACUGUCACUCGCUCUCAGUCUCCCCCUGUUCCCCCCAAACGAACUAAGUCACCCCCAGUUUCUCAAACCCAAGACGAAGAAGAAAAUAUUUACGAAACCACACUUCUGGUCCCGCCUACUACUAAAAACGCCUCAGCUCAAUGUAAGGAACUGGAUAUUCCUCUUAUCAAGGUGCGCAAACCAGCUCGUCGCUCUAAGCUGACGUACAGCACCUCGGACCCUACAUCUGACUUCCAGAUGGAUAGUGAACCCACCCCACCCACCAUCCCGCCAAGGGUGCCCAUGAUUCCAGACAAAAACAGCCUUGGGCCAAUGCACAGAGGUGCCAUCCCUCUUCCUCAGCCCACCCUGGAGGAGUGGCGGGCCCUGCGGCCAUCGUCACCCAACAGGCUGAGCCCCCAACGAGCCAUUACUCCACCACUUGUACCACAGAGAGCCCCACCUCCACCACCAAAGACUGACCCCAGGCGGCUCAGCAGUGCCUCACUGCAAACAUUCCCCCAGAAAAAAGAAGAAGAAGAAAAUGGAGAUGAAGAAGAUAAAGAUGACAUAGUGGAAGAACUAAAUAGCUCACUCAGGAGGGACUCUUUGUUCUGCUAUGAGUCUCAUCUACAGGACGAGCCUCUCUACCAAACGUACCGCGCCACCGUCAUCAACAAGGAGAUCCGCCGGCAAACAGUUUGCCGCAACAUCAGUAAGACCAGCGUGGACUAUGCUAUGGAUCUGAACAUCCGUCGCUCUAGGGCUGAUACUGGACCUCCCAGGAGCAGCCCAGCAGCCACACCAGCCCAGAGCACGCUGUGGCAGGACCUCCCGACUGUACGGGACAGUGGAGUGCUUGAGCAGCUCACCGCCGAACAGUGCAAGUACCAGGAGAGUAUGUUUGAGGUUUUGACAUCAGAGGCCUCUUACCUUCGAUCCCUGCGUGUCCUGACUGAACAUUUCGUGGACAGCCGGGAGCUGGAGGACACACUGAUCAUCAGGGACAAGAAAACUCUCUUCUCCAACAUCCUGAGGGUGCGAGAGGUCAGCGAGAGAUUCUUAAAAGACUUGGACGACCGCAUUUUCAAGGACGUAAUCUUCUCUGAUAUCUGCGAUAUUAUUCAUUACCACGCCCAGCACAAGUUCCCCGUCUACAUCGACUACGUUCGCAACCAGAUCUACCAAGAAAAGACCUUCACUGCACUUAUGAAGAACAACAUGCAGUUUGCUACGGUCAUUAAUCGUCUCCAGGAGUUGCCCCAGUGCCAGCGGCUACCCUUCAUGUCCUUCUUGCUGCUGCCUUUCCAGCGAAUAACGCGCAUCAAAAUGCUAACUGAGAACAUCCUGAAAAGGACAAAGGAGGGGACGACAGAGGAGGAGACUGCCUCCAAGGCUUUGGCUUCUAUGUCGAAGAUCAUUGAUGAGUGCAACACUCAAGUGGGAAAGAUGAGGCAGAUGGAGGAGCUGAUCCUUAUCUCUCAGACGCUGGAGUUUGACAAGCUCAAGGCCAUUCCCAUCAUCUCUCAGAAUCGAUUCCUGGAGAAGAAGGGAGAGCUGCAGGAAAUGUCCAAAGGAGGAACUCUCUUCAACAUGAGGGCCAAGUUCACUCCUGUCUACCUCUUCCUCUUCAAUGAUCUGCUCGUCAUUGCUGCCAAGAAGGGUGCGGAGCGUUUUGUUGUUGUCGAUCACGCCCAUCGCUCUCUGGUGCAAGUUCAGCCACUAGAGGAAGGUGGGAGCAGCAGCGGCAGCCCCUACGAGCACUGCUUCAACCUCACGCUGCUGGAAAACCACCAGGGACGCAUGAUGGAGCGGCUGUUCAAAGCCCCCUCCCAGUCAGACAUGCACAGAUGGAUGGCGGCUUUUCCCAACCCCACCAACCCAGCCGCAGAUGAAGAUGAAGUGAUUUAUGAAGACUGGGACUGUCCACAGGUGCAGUGUGUGGAGCAGUACAUUGCCCAGCAGGCAGACGAACUCACGCUGGAGCCCACUGAGAUCGUCAACGUCAUCCGCAAAACUAACGAGGGCUGGUAUGAAGGGAGCCGUCUGUCCGAUGGUCAGAAGGGCUGGUUCCCCGUAGGAAAUGUCAUAGAGAUCACAAACGAACACGUGAGGAGGCGAAACCUCAGAGAGCGCUACAGGGUCAUUCAGGCGGCGUCUUUGGUUUCCAAUAGCAAACUACGCACCAUUAAUUAGUUGACAAUGAUUCUUUUUUUUACUUAAAAGGACAAUACAUGGAAACUCUGUUCGAAGACUAUUCAGGGGAUUUAUCGGUUCAAGUGGCAGUUUCUAGCACGAAGGAAAUGAAAGAUAAAAAGGAGAAGGGUAAGACUCACGAGACGUCACAACAGACCUGCAAUCAUCACCUUAUUUAUACUACUGGAGUGUGUGUGCGUUUACUGAUGCUCAGAGAAACUGUGACGUAUGAGCGUGUUCACAUUCGACAGCAUCUUCCAGCAUCACAGCUGGAGAGUUCACCUCUUCCCCUGAACAUGUACAGUGCUCCUGUGUUUCCGUCUCCUCAUGCACAGCUGGGAAACUGCCAACUUCACAUGCUCAUCAUUCUUGCAAUACCUCGACCAGACUGUAUGGAGGUCAAACCUGCUGAAAAGAAAGAAAGAAAAAAAAAAAGGGAGUUGCUAUAAACGCCUCUUAUGUCAAAGCCAUCACAUAUGCAACGUCAAAGUGGAGUCCUUUCAUUCUUCUUGCUGUGCGUAACAACCUGGGGAAGUGUCAAAGUGACCAGAAGCAACACAUUUAAUGAUCAAAUUCUAAAAAACAUUGACUGCCUAAAAGAUUCAGCAGUGUUCAUGUUUUAAAAAAGGAAUCCAUCUCACUGGAGUGACACUUCUGUCAUGACCAGAUUAAGGAGCUUGUGUGUGGCGGCUCCUCAUGUUUCAGUGGUGGAUGACAAGUUUGUGUCCCUUCCUACCCAUUGUAGAACAAUACUUUAGCACCACCUGCAGCUUGUUCUCCAUUUGUUUUAUUUAUGCGUAAAUGUACAAUAUGUUGUAAAUAAUGAGAGGGGGGAUUGUUUCCUUCAAAACACUAGCAGUGCUUUUAAUAAAAAACCUUUUGUCUUUUUA